CGUGCAGCUACAUUACAAAGCAGCAAUGGAUACGACGACGGAUGCCGAUGAUGGACACCACAGAACCUACUACCUGGCGCUCUUCGCCUUCUUCGCCAUCAGCACGAUGCUGAAGACCAUCCAGCGACACAUCCGCGUCCCGUACACGCUGGUGGUGUUCCUGGUGGCGGCUGGCUGCACCGCGCUGUACGCGAUGACCAGCAAGCGGAUAGACUUCUACUACGGGUCUAUCGGCGUGCAAGCCAUAACGGUCUUCAUGCCGGCCUUCGUCGUGCACACCACGCAGGGCAUCAACAACUACAUCUUUCGCCGCUGUCACAUGGAGAUCGUCUUCUUCUCUCUAGGAACAUUCGGCAUUACGCUCGCCUUGGCCACCGUGUUCGUGACGCACAAGAUCGCCGACAGCACGUGGCCAUUCCGCGAGUGCCUGCUCUUCGGCGUCUACAUGUCGCUCAUUGAGCGCUUGCCAAUGAGCGACGCGCUCUUCGAAGAAGGUCGGUACCCCGUAAUGACCACAAUGAUGCAGUCUGAGGCACUCUUCAACGCUGUCAUGACGUGGUGCAUCUUCGGCUACUACCGCUUUCACGAAGGCGGAGGCUUCGACCUGAUGUUCCCGCUGCAGAACCAAGCCACGGCGAUGUUCGUGGGCUUCCUGAUGGGAACGGCCACCGUCUGUCUGCUCGAGGCCACGUCAGCGUUCAGCGGAGACUCGGCCAUCACCGUGAUCGUGUGCGGCACCUACUUCACCUACUUCUUCCUGGAGAACGUCCGCAGCUCCGGCGUCACCGGCGUCGUCGUCUACACCAUGGCCGUCAACUCGCACCGGUUCGUCGCCUGCACCGACCUGAGCCGCGCCCUCGAAGAUUAUUGGGAUAUACUGUAUGAUGUCACUGGCACUCUGGCUACCUGCGUGUCAGCUUCGUACACCGCUGUGCUGCUGAUCCAGUACGCACCCACGCUUGAUUGGGUAGCCUUGUGGGCCUGUUACAUCGUCAAGGCAGCCUUAAGGUGCCUGGUGGUGGUGCUGCUGUACCCCGUGAUCGGACACUUCGGCUACCAGGUGACCGUUCGCCAGGCCAUGGUGCUUGCCUGGAUGAGCGUCAAGGGAACCUUCUUGGCCUCCAUCGCCACGGUGCAGCAUUUGCGGCGCGAAAACGUCUACACAGAGAGCAUCACCAAGUCGUACCUGUACGCUAUUGGUGACAUGAUGCUCACGCAGCUCAUCAACGUCACCUUCCUCCCGGUGGUCCUCAGCGCAUUGGGCGUGCUGGAGGUGUCGGACGUCGAGCUCCGCACCAUGCGCGACGCGGUGCAGUAUCUGAAGGAGGCGGCCGACUCCGCACGCGCGCUCUACAUCAAGGACGACUCGUUCCUGCUGGCCGACUGGCGCUGGGUGACGCGCAGCACGCUCUUGAGGAACCCGCUCGAGGCCACCUUCCGCUUCCAGUCUGCUAUGAGCACUGGAUGCAUCGUACGGCUUCGAAAGGUUACCAGACACAUCGAUACCUUGGCUGUCGAAAAUGUUCUCAGGAUCGAGCAGGUCAGCUACGCUCGACAGUACCGCCAAGGGAUCAUUCAGCGGAGGACCAAGUUGACCCUAAUCGCCGCACUUCAGUACCCCUUCGAUAAGAAAGUAUACUUGGACAUGGACAUCAUUGGGUCGAUUCUGGCGGUUCCAAAGUGGAUCAUCUGGCUGAAAGAGAACUUGGGCACGGCUCACGAGAAAGGGCUCAUCGAGGACACGUUCAGCGGGUCCGAGGCUAUGCGUCGGCCACUGCGCGAGCGCGUGGUCGAGCUGUUCGAGCACGCGUACUACGAAGUGGUCAUCACCAGCUCGACGCUGGCAGUCGCCUUUGUGCUGGCCGGUCUCGUGCGGAUCGUGAUGGUGACGCCCCGGAGCAACGCCUUCAUCGGCGCCAUCGCUGUUGAAGCCCUGUACCUCACCAUGUUCACCACCGAGGUCACCGUCAUGAUAUCGGCGUACGGGCAGCGCAUCAUGAACAUGGACAACUACAACCGGCUGGACCUGGUGCUGGUCGCCGUGUGCAUGUUCAUAUUCACGCUCCAGUGCGGACUCUUCCUCGUGAACCAGAACGAACUGGCCAACAACGGGCUCAUCAUCUGCUUCACCUUGGCCAUCUCGCUGCGCUUCCUCCAUGCCAUCAAGUACGCGGAGCUUUCCUUGGAGCGCAUGGCCGCGGUCGUGCACCGCUACCUGGACGCGAAGAUCUACGACGCCUACGAGAUCGGCCACGCCAUCGUCACCGGCGAGGAAGAGGUGCAGCAGAGCGUGUGGAAGUUUGUGAACAACGAUAACAUCACGGCCGAGAUCCGCGGACGCGCCACGCUGAACCGCCUGCUCGUGCUACGAAGGCUCGUCGAGAUUCAGUCUCGCUUCCCGGGCAUCAUGGUGGCCUUUCGAAGUCGCCAGGCGAGCACCGCCAUCUUGGACGACGUGACCAAGAACGUGCAGGAGCACCAGGCCGAGGGCCUGCUGGACAGUGAAGCUGGCCAAGAACUGCUCGCGAUGCUGAAGGCACGGCGCAUGCACGUCAUCGCUGGUCCCUGUAGCCUACCGACCAGCUACAAGCCGAUCGCCAUGCUGCGCGUGAUUCCCUGGAUCGACUCGGACAGCGUGCGACAGUUUCUCGCGAUCCAAAUCCGCCCGGUCUCCUUCGCGCCUGGGGAAGUGAUCGUCGAGCGCGGGGAGGAGAACCCGAUCUUGCUAACCUACUCCGGUAUCCUCAAGAUCGAAGGCGAGUUCGAGAACCCUCGGAACGGCUCGCUCCCGAACUCGGUGUCGCAGCUGUUCUUCUACAACGAGGGCUACUUCCUGGACUACGUGAGCGCGCCCGCUUGUCUCGGUGUGCUGGGACUGGUCACGGACGAACCCUCCAUCACUCGCGUGGUCGCCGAGACGCAGAUCAACGCGUACGUGGUACCGAGGGAGCGAGUCGUGGAGGCAAUACAGAUCUUCACCCGGGCUCCGAGCUUCCUUUACCAGAUUUGGUCUUACAUCGCCAGGAUAAUCGCCUUCAUGGUACUACAGACGCACCCCAAAUACCAGACGUGGCCCCUGGACAAGAUUAGCCGGAGGCUGGAAUCGUUCCUCCUGCCCGACCUGGACCGCUGCUCGAAAUUUAAUCUGACCGCGGAGAUAGAGGACGCCAUUCUUAUACAAGGAACUGCACUCGAUCCCGAAACGCAAGAUUAUUUCGUCGCACCAAUCUACCUGCCAUCACAAGCUAUGAAGAUUACCUUCCCGUUUUACCAAGACCGACUGCGCCCGGUGAUGUUGAUAAUCGCCAGCAAGGACUACAAGCUUCCACCGGAAGUGGACUGGCUUCAAACCAAAGUGGACGAGGAGAAGCAGAAUGAAUACGAGGAAAACUUCAAGGUGGUCAGCACUACAGCGGAACGGGGCGACGAUUUAACGGAGAAGGCGAUGUCGCACCGUCAAAGUAUGGACUUAUAUUGACAGAUGGCGCCAGCAGCUACGAAAGGACGAUGACUUCGUCUUCUAGUUGUGUAUAAAGCAAAUAGUCUUACAAUGAUGACUGCCGAAGGUUAACUUCUCAGUAUUCGACAACUAUUCUGUAUAUUUGCGUGUAUGAAAAGAAAAACGAAAGAGAAUACUAUUCUUCGAAUAAACACUAUUCUCA